UACCAAAACACGGAAGUAGUGACAGCAGUGAGAAGAAAAUCAAAGCUGACGCGAACGUUCCUGAAAAACGCGUUUACUUCGUUACUAACAACUAAGGGUUACUUCAUAAACGUACGUUUAGUUUCUAGUCUAUUUAUUCUUUAAGUUGUUGUAUUAUUUAUUUACUUUAAACCACCACUGUUGCGUUGUUUGAGGACGGCCAACAAUGCUAACGAAGAAGCUAAAGAGUUAGCUGUCAGUUAGCCGCGGUGCUAACGAAGAGCUAGUGUUUCAAAUAAUAAUAAAAGUGUCGCUGUCGUGGUGUUAAAAUGGCGCGGAGCUUGUUCCGGAGCGGGUGUGUGGUCCGGGUCGUUCACACGCUGCUGACCUGGGUCAUCACCCUCAUCCUGUUCCUACACGACACCGAUCUGCGUAAGUGUGAGGAGCGAGGAGAGCUGCUGCUGCCGCUGCUCUUCUUCUUCCUCGUGGUUCUGUCGCUCCUCUUGUACUUUGCAGUUUCUUUAAUGGAUCCAGGUUUUAUCCUCACCGACUCUGUCAAGGGAGGUCAGGGGUCAGAGGAGGAAAUGGAAUCAAUGAUUCCGCAGACUUCGACUCCUCGGCUGCGUCGUUGUGGCUACUGCUUCCUACAGCAGCCAAUGAGAGCGAAGCACUGUCAGACGUGCGGUCACUGCGUGCGUCGCUUCGACCACCACUGCCCGUGGUUGGAGAACUGUAUCGGAGAGCGGAACCAUCGCUGGUUCACCGUCUUCCUGCUGGUGCAGCUGCUCGCGCUGCUGUGGGCUCUUCACAUCACGCUCUCUGGAGUGUUACCCGGCGCCUCGUGGGAGCAGUGGCUCCGCGUGAACUGCGUGCUGCUGGCGACGCUGGUCCUGGUGGGCGUGUCCUCGGCGGUGACGGCGGUGCUGCUCGGCUGCCACCUCUACCUGGCCUCCAUCAACUGCACCACGUGGGAGUUCAUGGCCCGCCACCGCGUCUCCUACCUGAAGAACUGCGGCGACGAGGAGAACCCGUUUGACCGCGGCGUCGCCUGCAACCUGUGGGACUUCUUUUGCAUGUGCAGGACGGUGGUGUGGGAGGGGCUUUACCGGAGGAACGCCAUGACGUCACAGCCCGGUGAAGAUCACUGACACUGACACUUUUUUAAACUCUAUUUGUACGCUUUGUAUUUAUUGACAAUGAGACAUUAAAACACUUCUGAUACACA